AUCUCAGCCCUGGGGAUUUUAAAAAACAAGAGGUUAAAAAAAAAAUCCCUCCUUGGAGUAACAAUCCACUUGGGUCAACACCAGGAGAGGGAAGCGCCUGGCGCAGCCGUGACAGCAGAGCCCUGGUCCUGCCCUCCCUGUCCCAGCCGGGGCAGCCAUCGGCCCCUGGCCAUCGUGUGCCUCACCAGACCCAUCUCUGCUGAGCAGGAGCCACAUGGCCGAGAGUGGAUGUGAAAUGACACCUCUGCAGGAGAGCUGUGAGGGUGCAAGGAUGGUAUAGACUACGUAAAAGGAAGACAGAAAAGGACACAGGAAAAAAACCCACAAAAAUUCUGUGUUCGUUCCUCACUCUUCCCUCAGUGCCGUCUCACCCCGUGCAGAGGCUUCAGCGGUGUGAACACAUCCUGUUUACAUCUGCCACCAAGACGCGGAGGCUGAGGGAGCUCACGGCUGAGGCACAGUCGGAGGAAGCGCCAAGCACGGGAGAGCAGCUGCAGCGGGACGGGCCCUGGCAUGGACACGGUGCCCGUCUACCACGGGGCCAUCACCCGAGAGGCUGGGGAGAAGCUGCUGCUGGCGGCGGGCACGGACGGCAGCUACCUGCUGCGGGACAGCGAGAGCAUCCCGGGGGUCUACUGCCUCUGCGUGCUGCAUCAGGGUUAUGUUUAUACCUACAGAGUGUCCCAGACAGAAACUGGAUCCUGGAGUGCUGAGACUGCGCCUGGGGUCCACCGGAGGCUCUUUCGGAAAGUGCACAACCUCAUUGCGGCCUUCCAGAAACCCAACCAAGGCAUUGUAACACCCCUGCAGAACCCAGUUGUCAAACACAUGAAAGCCAGCUACUCCCCAGGGAGGAAUGAAGGCUAUGACUUCCACCUGCAGCCAUCAUGAGGAGGUCUCCCCAGGUGUGACAUAACCACAUCUUCCAGCAUCUCCUCUAAUCUAUGCUUUAAAACAGAAUGAUGUAUAUGAUAGUAAAUACAACUCUGUGAGUUUUCUUGUAACAUUUGCAGAAAUGUGUAUUUCAUAGAAUUUAUUGCUCAAGAUGUAGAAGUUUAGAUUUCAGAGUACUUUGAACUUAGGGUGGGAUAUUUUUUGGUUUUGUUUUGGUUUUUUCCCAAGAGAGGAUAAGAAAGCAUGAAUUGCUAAAUCCUUUAUGUCUUUUUUUUUCCCUUUGCACUGUUAAGUAAAAAUAUUUUUCCCUUCAAGAUCAGUUCUUAAUUAAUAAUUAGUUAUUAAUUUUACAUUGCUUAACUUUGGAUCCUGCUUUGCUUUGUUCUGGUUGGCAUUUGUGCAGAAUUGGGCAAGUCCCCUUUUAUAACCUUAGGAGAAUUGUUUACAUUAAAGUGUCCUUGCUUUGGAUGGGCUGUGUGUUUGUCAUUCAUACAGUUCCUAAAGAUAUUCCAGACAUGAAACCAUGAGGAUCCCCACUAACUGAUUUCCCAUCAAACCAGUUGCCCUGCCCUCUAACAAAAUCUGUAGUUUUCACCGAUGACCAAGAGCAUAAGUAAUGCACAGAGCAGCCAAGAACACCCGAUGAAGUGGAAAGCCUUGUUCUUUGCUUUUAGGUGUUCCCUGUACUUGAAACAAGCCAUCCUUGCAAACAAGUUAAAAAAAUAAAUUAUUUUUGCAUGACA